ACAGUUUAUUCCAAGUGUCGGUGAGGGGGCAGAAACGCACAUAUCCCACCAUGGCACGAUUUAACAGCGCCUCCCGUCUCUUCAUCCUCCUGCUAGCCUUCCUUGGCUUCGCAUCGCUGACCCUCGCAUCCUCUCCCGCAUCCUUCUGCAAAUGCACGUGUUUCUCCAACAGUACCAUUAUCCCUCUCGAUCAGUCCAAAUCCCGGUCGCUAGGCGACGCCGAGUUUCUCCUCCGCCGCAGCGAUUCUCCCGACGAACCUGACAAUGCGCUGGAGGAUAGGGCGCCUAAGUAUCGCGCGCUGAGCUGCAAUGACUGCACGCGGAAGUUCUGCCUGAGCUAUAAACUGCCGACAUGCAAAGGCGCCAAAGAGGACGACGUCGUCACGACUUGCUUCCAGAGAGACUCCAAGAAGGAUGAGGCCAUUGUUUUCAUCUUCAUCUUUGCCACGGGUGGCCUCUUGGGCUGGGCCCUGUUCAAACCCUGGGUGGAGAAAUAUUUGGAGGCCGCACGAGAGCGACGCUCGUAUAUUCCUGUUUCUGGAAAUUAGGGUCGUUAAGUCUGUGGGAUGCUGGCAUUUCUCGGAUAUUAUACAAUGGAUGGUUGUGAGGUUUUGGAUUUGGCUUGUAUUUCCUAUGAUACCAAAUAUGA